CGAUCCUUGACUACUUUUCGUACUAUCGCCUCGCCCACUCAGUCAUGUCGGGUCACAAGGGCCUCCUCGCCCUCACCUUGAUGGGUCACGUCGAUCACGGCAAAUCAUCGUACGCAGACUCACUCCUAGCAUCCAAUGGCCUCAUCUCACAGCGGCAGGCGGGAAAGAUUCGCUACCUCGAUUCGAGAGAAGAUGAGCAGCAGAGAGGAAUCACAAUUGAGUCCAGUGGCAUCAGGUUGGGCUUCAAGAUGAAUUCUAGGGAAGGAGAUCAAGUAGUCGCCAAAGAUUGGACACUCAACCUCAUCGAUACACCAGGCCACAUCGACUUCAGCUCAGAAGUCUCAACCAGCUCAAGGCUAGUCGACGGUUGCCUCAUCCUCGUCGACGCACUCGAGGGUGUAUGCACACAAACGAUCAACGUAUUGCGACAAGCAUGGAACGAUCGACUCAAGCCCAUCUUGGUACUCAACAAGCUCGAUCGCCUAGCCGUAGAAGUCAGGAUGUCACCUCAAGAGGCAGAGGCGCAACUGCAGCGAGUACUAGAACAGGCAAAUGCUGCACUCGCAGAGUUCUGGGCAGAGGAAAGGCUGCAAGAUGAGGAGAGGCAGAGAGAAAUUGUAGAGGCAAGAGGCGAAAAAUUCACGCCCCCAUCACAAGAGGACCAACAAGCAGACGACGACCUCUACUUCGACCCACCAAGAGGGAACGUCAUCUUCGCCUCGUCUCUCUAUGGCUUUGCUUUCAGACUCCACUCCUUCUCCCACCUCUACUCCAAGAAGCUUUCACUCCCGGAAGAGAAGUUUCGUUCUUUCCUCUGGGGCGACUGGUUCUUUGACGCCAAAGGGCGGCGUAUGCUCAACCGCAAGCAAGCGACAAAGAUGUGGGGUGAAGGAAGGCUAGGCCCAACUGCUUGUCAGCAGUUCGUCCUCGACAAUGUUUGGCGCGUCUUUGAGAAGACGGUCAUUCAGCGCGAUCAGGAUUCAAUUGAAAAGAUCGCCUCGACCCUCUCCCUGCCGCUCACACCGCGCGAGCUCAAGAACCCGGAUUCUCACGCCCUCCUCACCGCUGUCCUCUCGGCUUGGCUACCACUUGCGCCGUGCACUUUCGCCGCCAUCGUCGACCAAAUUCCGCAGCCAGCCGCAGCUCAGGGGCGACGCAUACCGCGCAUUCUCGACCCAACAGGCGACGUCUGGCCAAGUGAGUCCACGCGCUUCUAUGCAGAUAAGGUCGGCAUGCCAAGGCCAGAGGGACGUACGCCCGUUGAGAGGGAUCUAUUUGCGGCCAGAGGAGAGCGAGAUGCGUGGCGCGUAGCAGUCAUCUCCAAGAUGUUCGCCGUGGCUCGCGAAGAUCUCGCAUCGAAGUCGAAGCAAGGCGAGGCAGCCGAUAAGGCAGGCGCCGAGAGGGAAGAUGUGCGCAACUUGUCCGUAGAAGAGAGGCGGAGACGAGCAAGGGAGGCUAGGGAGAAGCAUGAGGCUGCAAAAGCGGCUGCGACUGGCGCUAGCGAUGCGACGUCAAUCUCUGGCGCGUUGGUCUCUGCGAAUGGUAGCGCCGUCGACCGUGCCAUUCCGGACAUGGCCGCAGCAGAGCCCAUUGAUUCGGUAGCUCUUGAUGCCAACUACUCCGUCUCACGGCCGCGAGCGGCACCUCAAAAUGGCGACAGUGAGUCAAGAUCAGACAGCAAGAAGUCCAGCAACGAUGAAGGUGCAACAGAGGUGCUCCUCGCCUUCGUGCGCGUCCUGUGUGGCUCGCUUACCGUAGCGCCAGACACAGCCUCAUCGCGUUUCUUCCUCGUACUGCCCAAGUAUGAUCCGACUCUACCGCCCACGCACGCCAGUAAUGUCAAGCACAUCAAGCGCGUGCCCAUUGAAGCGCUUUAUGUCAUCAUGGGCAAGGAGCUCGUGGCCGUGGAUCGCGUCGGCGCUGGAGAGGUGUGCGCCGUACAGGGACUGGAAGGCAUCGUAGGCAGGAUGGGAACGCUCGUUGCGAUACCGGAAAGCGAGUCAAAAUCAAACACCGAAGAGGGCGACUGUGCUUGGUUGAAUGGCACCGCGCCGGGACUAGUCAACCUCACUUCGGGCGCCGGCCUCGCUCCUCCCAUUGUACGUGUCGCGCUGGAGCCGGACAACCCCUCAGAUCUUCCCAAGCUCGUGUCUGGUCUACGUCUCCUCAACCAGUCGGACCCGUGUGUUCAGACCCUCCAACAAUCUACGGGAGAACAUGUCAUCGUCGCUGCAGGCGAGCUGCACUUGGAGCGCUGUCUCAAGGACCUGCGGGAACGAUUUGCUCGAUGCGCAAUCAGUGCUUCCAAGCCAUUGGUGCCGUACAGAGAAACGGCGCUCAGGAUUGCCGGAGGCGAGAUGAGGCCACCCGCGCUUGCUGCGGAGGGAGAGCCUCGGGGCACGGUCAAAGUGAGCGUGUGCAAUGGAGCCGUGACUUGCAAAGUAAGGGCCAAGCCUUUGCCAGAGCAGAUCACGAUGUGGCUGGAGGCGAAUGCCAAGUCGGUUCGUGCCUUGGGAGAUGCCAAGGCGGCGGCGGCAGGAGGUGCUACGGAGGAGGACGCCACAACGGUAGCAGCAACGGCGGGCUCCUCAACAGGUGCAAGCUCUGCGGCGGCGAAGGCCCUCUCACCCGAGGCCUUCUUCUCGCAGCUCUCUGCGCUCUUCGUCAAAGCAGGCUCAACCGCCAAGUCGUGGGAUCAAGAAUGGAAGGAGCCUGACCUCGUCGAGCGUAUCUGGGCAUUUGGACCCAGGCGCAUUGGGCCGAAUGUGCUCAUUGGCUUGUCAGAUGAGAGUGCAAGAAGGGGCUUGGUAGCGAGGGCGGCAAGAAGGCGAGACGCGACAUCAGUUGGCGCGAGUCGCAUGGGGAGUGGCUUAGCUACGCCCAAGCUCCCUGACGAUGAGGGCGCCGCUGUUGCCAAAAGUGGCGAAGAGGCAGAGGACCUGGCUGCAGCUCUAGAGCGACAAGCCAAUAUCGGCGACGAAGGAGUAGAUGGCGAGGCCCAAUCAUCCUCGGCCGCAUCCGCCCCAACUUGGACUGCUCAGGACCUCUACGAUUCUCUGGAGUUAGGAUUCCAACUCGCCACUCUCACAGGCCCACUCUGUGGCGAGCCCGUACGUGGCCUAGCCUACUUCCUCUCGGACCUUCAAGUGAAUCAAGACCUCAUCGCCUCGCAACGACUCCGCCUCGCGCAAGUCAGCUCCUCCCUCAUUGCGGCCGUACGCUCUUCGUGCGGAUCAGCUCUGCUAGACUGGAGCCCGCGCCUCAUGCUCGCGACGUACGAGUGCGACGUGGUCACCCCCGCCGAGACGCUUGGCAAAGUGCAUGGUGUACUGGCCAAGCGACGCGGCAAGGUUUUGAAGGAGGAAAUGCGAGAGGCGGGCAGUGCAUUUGGCAACGAUGAAGCUGGCGGGCAUUCAUCUAGCGCAGGUGGGAUGGGCAACUUCGUGAUCACGGCCUCACUUCCCGUCGUAGAGUCAUUUGGAUUUGCAGACGAGAUCCGGACCCGUACCUCUGGGGCGGCCACCCCAUUGUUGGUAUUCAGGGGCUUUGAAGUGUACGAUGAAGACCCGUUCUGGGUGCCAACUACCGAGGAGGAGUUGGAGGACUUGGGUGACAAGGGAGAGAGGGAGAAUAUUGCUAAGCGAUACGUGGAUGCGGUCAGGAGACGAAAGGGGAUGAGGGUCAUGGGAGAUCGACUGGUGGAGGCGGCGGAGAAGCAGAGGACGCUCAAGAGCAAUUGAGAGCAAAUGAUGAGUGCCCUCCGUUGCAUCCUUGUCAAUUCCAGACUGUAGACGGCGCAAAUCAAUUGUGAUGCAUUGCUCUCGU